UAGCCCGGGCAGAGAGCGAAGAAGCCAUGAAAGCCUACACACGAAGUGUGGCGAACGGUACACCUAAAGAAAAGGCCCAGAUGACACUUGUCAACAGGAUCUUUCGGAUCUGCAGUAGGAUCAGGGAAACAUCUUCGUGCAAAGCUUACGACCCUUGCUUCAAGCUUCUGGAUGGUGAACGAGAGGCGAUGGGCAAAUUCUUUCUCUCAAUUUUUAAGAGGAAGGAUACGAUCCUACUUUGAACGAAUUCAAGAAAGUCGGCUAUUAGACGCUCAUUUCAAGCCGGAUGCGCAGCCCUCUGGUUCUUGGACCCAAAAAGAAAGCCUUGAGGUACAAGACCUCCCCGCAAAGUAUCCAAAUAAAUUCGACACUCUCAGAACGAGGUACCAGCUUCUCCGAGAAAGGCAGUCACGUCCAGAGACAACAGCAGAUCAAGGUUCCGGUCAGGUGGGCGAGAUCGACCAUAAGGAGAAGGCCAAGAAAGAUCACCACAACCUAAUGGUUCGCCCAGAAUGGGCCUCAAAGAAAACAAGGAAACAUCCCUCUCUCCUCUCGCAUGGCCAACAAGAUGAGGAUGAAAUUAAUUCGACUACCCCAAGCCCUCAUCGGUCUUUCGAAUCCGAUCACACCUCGGCAGCAACAUCAGAUGUGCCUCGGAGGCAUCAGCAAGCCCUUCCAAUUGAUUUGUCGGAUGAUGGCGAGGCGGCCCUCUAUGGCGACCAAGAGCAGGCACCAUCGCUCUCCUCGAACCUUUCAGGAGGCUUACUAAGAGACUCAACUAUUCCUCGACGCCCAAGGUCGGAGCGGAGGACCUUUCCGAGAAAGCUUCAAAAGAAAGGGGCAAGUGCGCCGAAACAGUCAAUAGAUCUUCUGGCCGAUUCUCUCGAUGUAAAGACAUCUGGCUUUUCGGGUUCUUAUGAUGAGCAAGGAAGACAAAUCCGGGCCGAGCUCGAUAAGGUUACCCAGAAGGUCAUAAAGGCCUUCCAGAGACAUGAUCAAUCAUUUUUGCCCGCCCAAGAACAAGGUGUAGAGCUCGGUAAGGCGAUCUUUGAUGCGCACCGUAAGCUCAAGCAGGAAAUUAUCAAAAAUGAACCGCACCAGGCUAGACGACAAUUCUUCCGAUUGAACAGCAGCUACGAAAAAGUCAUUGGUCGAGCAGACUACGAUCUUUAUAAAUCUCUCGCUUCACAGCAGUACAACAUGGCAUACCGGCGACAGGAGUAUGAGGAGUGGAAACUGAAGCAACGAAAGUUUUAUAGUAGACGCUAUGGGCCGAGCUCGAAAUGGUCGGUCAUGGGAUUAACGCCAACGCCGAAGCAAGCAGAAGCAAGGGACCAGCUACGAAAUUAUCAAAACUUGCAAACAAAAAUGAAAAGGUUGGCGAGCCACCCGAGUAAACACGGCCCCGAACGGAAGCCAUGGUCACAGGAAGACACAAACCUGCUUUAUAAGCUUCUCCGCGAGCGUCCAGGGCUCAAGAGCCUCCGUGAACGUUUUGAUGAGUUCAAAUACAACAUUCCGCCAGAGUACUGGCGAGAAACGACAAGCGGAGCUUCAUCGCCACAUGAAGGCGGCGACAAGGAGGUGAGAAGCGAAAGCAAGCCAGAGAAGGGCAAGAUGGUCGUCGGCCCAAGCCGGUACAAGAGACUGAGAAUGACGGAAGAGCUGUACCCCGGCGAUGAGGGGAAACUAGACCACUAAGUCCUAGAGCUCCUAUGCUAUUCUGAACCGAACCUCAAAUGACUUGAAG